AUGAUUGUACAUAUUGGGCCUAUUGCUAUGCGGACGAUAUACUGGUUAUCUGCGCGGCCAGAAUCUGAAUGCGCUCUUCGGAGUAAUGAAGCAAUCACUAAGGAUAAUAGAUCCGUGGUGCACGAUGACUUGAAUAUCGCCACCAGAGCUGCUCGCAAGAGUAUCUCAGUAACAGGUGGAGUCAAGAAACCUCACCGUUAUAGGCUAGGAACUGUCGAUCUCCAUGAGAUCCGGCGUUACCAGAAGAGCACUGAGUUUUUGAUCCGCAAGCUUCUCUUCCAACGUCUCAUUCGUGAAAUCGAUCAGGAUUUCAGGACUGACUUGCGUUUCCAGAAAUCUACUGUGAUGGCUCUUCAGGAAACCAAUGACGCUUACUUGGUUGAACUUUUCGAAGAUACCAACUUGUGUUAUAUUCACGCCAAGAGAGUCACCAUCAUGCUAAAGAACAUCCAAUUGGCUCACCGUAUUCGCGGAGAACGUGCUUAA